AUGGAGGCCGACGCAGGAAAAGGUUUGGAAUGCCCGAAGACUAUGGAUGGGAAGGCGAGUAACGGGAGUGGGAUAGAGAAGGAAAUUCCUUCGUGUUGUUUGAAGGCUAAAGCUUGCCCUGAGUCAGAGGCAAAGUGCCAUUCCAUUGUUGUUUCUGGAUGGUUUUCGGCUUCUCAAACUUUCUCAUGGAAAUUUGUAAAACCAAAAUAUUUCAACAACCUGAUGUGGUCAGGAGAAGCCCAUUCAAUUAAGUUGACUGAGAAGGAUGAAUGUGCUUAUUAGGAGAUGAUUGCUCAUCUACCCCUCUGUUCGAUUCCAAUCCCAAUGGUUUUAGUUGUUGGUGGUGGAGAUGGUGGAGUACUCAGGGAAGUAUCUCGCCACAGCUCUGUAGAACAUAUUGAUAUCUGUGAGAUAGAUCAGAUGGUUAUUAACGUUUCCAGGAAAUUUUUUUCGGAUUUAGCUAUUGGGAAGAACCCUAAAAUCCCAAUCGCUCCAAUCUCUACGAGCUGCUCCAUUCAAACUUGCAACCAAGACAACACAAAAGAUCCAGAGAAAGCCCUAAAUCAAAACCCUAAGUCGCGAUCCAUAUUCUCCACCAUCCAACAAAAACCCAGAUUCAAAAUAUGUUUUCCUUCAAACACGCCCCCAACCCUAAAUCAACAAAGGGGAUGUCGCAAACGAUUCAUACCGGAAAAUAAUCUAAAUUGGAGCCGGCGACGGAAAGUUUGAAGCUUGCUGGAAAAUUGGAGGCACCUGUCGCAUCAGAGAGGCAUAUAUAGAUAA